UCGCGACCUUUAGACUCCACGUUGUAGUAUUUCUGUCUGCACUGUUUACUGCCGCUGUGUCCACGUCAAAAUGCCUAUUCCACAGACCCCCGCGUCGGCCACCCCCCAGGGAGCCGGUCAGUCGGUGAGCUGGGCCGACCAGAUGGACGAUUUGGAGGCUUCCGUUAUCACUGCAGACAAUCUUCCGGAGCCUCGUGAGACUGUGAGUGGGGACACUAGGACCAUGGUGUCCUACCGAGUGGACGAGGGAGGCAAGAUAAAGAAGGUGACGCAGGUGUACAAGGAGGUUCGGCAGCAAGUACCGAAAGCCAUUGCCAAAAGACGUACAUGGAAGAAGUUUGGUGAUGCUGAGCAGGACAACCCCAAGGGGCCAGACCAGGCCACCACUGUCAUUGCUGAUGAUGUCUACCUCACACUCACCACCAACAGGGAGCAACUGGAGCACCACGACGACGAUCCACUGAAGAAGCUGAGCACGAAGAGCAUGGUGACGUGUCGUAUCUGCAAGGGAGACCACUGGACCACCAAAUGUCCUUACAAGGACACACUCGGGUCCGUCCCGGAAAUGGAAGAAGUCAAUUCCAAGCCGGUUACGGCGGCUGGGGUAGCGGCUGGAGGAACUGGGGCCGUGGGCCCUGCGACCGGGAAAUACAUCCCUCCCUCGCAGCGAGGGGACAAGAAACCUGGCGAGAGGGGAGAGAGUUUCGGGUCCAGGAUGCAGCAGGACGACCAGGCGACCGUGAGGGUCACGAACCUCUCGGAGGAGACGCAGGAGUCGGACCUGAGGGAGCUGUUUGGCUACUUUGGCCAGAUUAAGAGGGUCUUCCUCGCCAAGGACAAGAUCACGCAGCAGUCCAAGGGGUUUGCAUUCAUCAGCUAUGAGCUGAAAGACUAUGCCCAGAAGGCCAUAGACGCACUCGAUGGUUAUGGAUAUGACCAUCUCAUCCUCAAGGUUGAGUGGGCCAAGCCUUCAAAGGUACAACAUUAGCCAAGUCUUCGUCAUGCUUGCUGUCAAUGUUUUCUGUCAUUCAUGAAACAUUCAAAUGCAGUGAACCCUCUGAAUGGGGGGGGCACAUUGGGAAAAUCAGAUGUGCCCUUUAUUCAGAGGUAUUAAUUAGUAAUUGUCCUUUAUAAUACAUAAGAGAUGUUGGGAUCCUCUUUCAGAGGUUCAACACUCUUGUGAGAAUGUUUACGAAUUGAUAGAUCAAUCUGUUGCGAAUAAAACACGAAUGACCACUAUAAUUAUAAUACAAUGUAAUUACACUGUUGCUAAAUUAAGAUAUCGCUAUAAUCUACUAGUCAAUUGGUUGGCCUCCUUAAAACGGUUGUAUUCGUUAACAUGGCUGGUGAUUUGUUCUGCCAUGAUUGUGUCGUAUAGUUGGAAGUUUCCUUUCCCGUGGCUCUCCAUUCGACAGAGGCGAGUCGAACUGUUCCUCAAUUCGUCCGCCGUGUGCGUUGGACACUCGUACUCGUGGGCGGGGCUUUGUGAGGGGUGGAGAUGGACGUGGGAGAGGGUGGGAGAUCGGGGGAGAUGGGGAGGGGGUGAAGUGAGGGCUAGUUCUUCCGGGAGUGCAGGAUAGAGGUCAUCCAGGUCUAUCAUAGACUGUGACUUUGUCUUUGGUGAGAAUCCUGAUCUUGUUAUGGCGGUACAAACUCCUACUCAGAUUUUUUCUCAGGGCAUAAGAAUGCAGACACGGCACCGAUCCUAGGCUGAAACAUACGUUUUAGAGCAGUUCGAGGGAGGUGUAGGAUGAAAUGAAGUAUGUGUUUUAGAGAGAGGCCCACCUUUUGAGGACAUGAAUGUCGACAAACUGCGGUGGAGUUAUGACAAUCUUGGAGUCGGCAUGCAGCUGUAGGGCCUCAGAUGG